CACACACCGGAAAACAGCUCACGUCGUUCCGUGUAGCAUUGAUCACGUUUGAGACACUGAGAGAGCGACACUCAAGCAUGGAAGAACAGGAGAGGGAGAAUCAGUGACAGCCACACGGAGGAGAGAAGAUGCCACGGAAUGACAAGGAUGGGAUUUGGAAACCUGGGCAUCACGCAAGCUUUCUGAAGAUGCCAACAAACCCUCGUUCUCCUCGCCAGUGCUUUUGGUACUGAACGUCUUGAGGAUUCUCUCUGCAGUUUGCUCGCACUCUUGCUCGGAUCAAAUGGGAAGUUUCUGAAGAAAGAAAGUCAUCCACAUUUGGGAUGGUGUGAGGAUGUUCCAGUUCUGUUCAUGUCACAGAAAAAAAGAUGAAUUGAGCGACACAAGCAAAGAAACUCAAGGACAAAUGUGACAAAUGUAACUUGAAGAGGUGUGUUGCCCAGUGAAGAUAUGCUGCACCAGAGAGGACUGUGCUCUCAUAGUCUGAGUUAGAAAGUAGGGCAUUAUAGAUGUCGGGACAUCUUCUUUCGGGUCUGCCUGAAAAUUGCCUCCCAUUAACAUUUUAUUUGUCUGGCUAUUUUUAGGACAAAUAAAUGCUCUCUUGAUCAUGAAACCAUGAUGCAGACUUCUACAACAUACUUUCCUUGCCAAAGUUUGAUGCUCUUUGGGACUUGGACAACGAGUGUUUACCAACUCUCUAUCUCUGUGUCUCUGCCAUCUUAAACUGUGUAAAGUCACCAAGGUUGCUCAUUGAGAGUCUACAUGUCCCUGUGGACUGAUGGGGCUGAUGUUCAGGAAUCACCUGUCCCCUCUCUUGCAUAUAAAGACACUUGCUUAUAAAGACUCUUUGGGCCAAAACCAGAACCUACUCUGACAGGAUUACCACAAAAACUCUCAGUCAUGUGACCAGAGGAAAGGACCAGUCACAUGCUCUGCUGCCAUCGGCUGGUCAUUUAUUUAUUUUUUUACUGCAGAAUUUAUCAUGUGCAUUUAACAUGAGACUGUGCCAAAUGUCACAUAUUCUGAGUGCUGUAACUGAAUUUUUAUUCUAAUUAACUGUUAAUUUGCAUUUGAGGCAAAAUAAUUAAAAUAAAAUAAACAAUACAGGCAAAAUUUUAUUUACAUCUAUGGUUCAUGAACUACUCUCAGAUAACAUGGUGAGCAAAGAGCCCAAUCAUUUGCCAACUGCUCACAGCCACAGCAAUGGCAACUCAGACAAAACACCCACCACCAUGACUGUGCGCUCCGUACUGCUUAACCGGAACUCUCCAGAUAUUGAGAGCAGACUUAAACGCAGACGAAGCCGCACGCAGCAGGUACGCUUUAAGGAUUUAGAGGAUGAUGGUGAGUCCAAGGAUAAAAAUGAGAAAGUGAGGAGCAACAGCCCAAUGGAACUCCCAAACUGGAAAAAGGAGUUGACUAAUGGGCCCUCUCUGGUGGGAUCAGUCCGUGGGGACAUGGAAAAUACAAUAGGGGCAGUGACUGCAUUUUUGAAGAGAGCUCCACCACAUCCACUUACCCCUGGGCCCACCAGACGCUGCUGGGUCCCAACACAUCCAUGUUCACUCACACUGCCGCUACCAAGUCAGCCAUGCAGGAGUACGGCCAUCCAAACCUCACCCAGCUUGCAGAAACCUCCCUUGCUCUGCUCCACACAGACUCGAAGUCACAGCCUGGGGGGACACUGGGAUGACGAUGAUUCCUCUGAUGAGCUGAUUGCACAUGUCGACUAUCCACACUGUAGAUCACAGAAGAGCCUAGUCCAACUGUGUACCCCGACUGAGCAAUCAAGGUGCCAAACAACUGAGGACAAUCAAUCUGCCCUUUUGAGUAGAGCAACACCACAACUCCAGCCAUGUUCCUCUGCACCACAAAAACGGUCUGGAAGAAGGGGACAGAGGAAGUACUUAAGCAGAGCAGCAAGUGAUCCUGGGAAACCCGAGCCUCCUUGUACUUCCCCAACAAAAACUUUAUCCACUAACAAAAACCACCAUGAGUCUAGCCAAUCCAAGAAAGCCCCUUCAAAAUCCGUGGCUCCUAGAACUUUAUCAUCAGAUCUGGUACCUCCACAGUGUUCUCAGACCCCCAACUUCGUCCAUAAUGUGCCAUGUAGUGUCUCUUCCACACAGACUGAACCAAAUUGUGUUUCUAAAAAACAAACUGUCCAAGACCCCACCAAGGCCCCUUUCCAAACAAGCCUUCCCAACAGUACUUCUACAUCUCCAGAGAUAGACCCUGCCUCUUGCCCAUCUCAAAUGGCACCAUCUCCUUUGCCAACCUCUCAAACUUCUUCCACCUGUCCCAAAGAAACUACAAAUGUACAAUCACAAUGUUGCCUACCACUGACUGUAGUUCCCUGCGCCUCUUUGUCACAAACGGAGCAUGCCAGUUUGGCCUCAACUCAAUCUGAGCCUUUGUGCACUACCACAGCACAAGUCACGUCCACUGUCACCACAUCAUCAACACACGUCCAAUCAUGCACGUCUCCUACUAAAACUACUAGGCAGUGUUGCAUGCCUGCUACUCAAACCAUGACAAAUUGUAAGACUCCCCCAAUUCCUGAGUCUCACUGUAUUUCUGAUUCCCAUAUAGAACCAAAACCACCUGCUCAAUCCGGACCUUGUUGCCAGACAUUGGAAGAAGCCACUCCAUGCUCCAAUAUAGCUAGCCAAAAUGCAACAUCCUGUUGUGAAGGAGUACCUGCUGUUGCCUCGGUGAUCAGCCAAAAGACUCCAACACAACCCAUGACGUGCAAUAACACCCCUAAUCAACCUGUAUACUGUGUAAUAUCUCCAACACAAGCUGUAAAUCCUAUUCAACCUGUGCCAAACUGUAAGAUCCCAAAUCAAAAUGUGCCAUUUGGUAGGUCUGCUACCCCUGUGCAAACUGCUAUCAAGUUAUCAACACACACCUCAACACCUAUUCAACCUACACCAUCUUGUAUAAUUCCCAUACAGUCUAUACCAUACUGUGCCCAAGACAAACCAGGUGCCACCACAACCUUUGGCUCUCCUACACAACAUGACCCAUCUCAUAAUUUUCCAACACAAACACUCCCUCACAUGACAUCAUUUUCUCCCAGGCCACCCUGUGCCAUUGCUCCACACAUUGCAUCACACUUUAAGGGCCCCGUUCCAGCUGCUGCACACUGCAUCCCUAUUGCACAAACUGCAAUGUGCAUUUUGGAUUCUCAAAAUGUGCCCGUUCUUAUUUACAGCCAUUCCACAGAACCUAUGCCAGGUAAACUCACCGCUGUGCAAACAUUGCCACACUGCAACUCCAGUGUGCAAAAUGCAGUGUCUUGCAACAGCCCCUCUCAAAUUGUGCAAAACUUUAAGACUUCAAUACAAACAGUUCCACACUCCAAAUCGUUUCCACAAAAUAUGUCACCUAUUCUUGGUCCACGCGAGGCUAUGGCGUAUGCUAGUAAUCCCCAGGAAACUGUGCGUCCCUCUACCAAUUUCAGGCAUUCCUUACCUCCAUAUGCUUGCCCUCCACAGACUGCUCUGCUUUACUCUAACACUGAGGCAAGCCCCACUCCUCCUCAGGCCUUUUGCAGCACUCAGGAACGACAAGACCGGAGAGAGUUUAUGCUUCCUCCACCACCUCCUCCACCUCCUCCAUACACGCCCCGCAAAGAGGGCUCCUCGACUCCAGGACAACCCCGCAAGCCUCCAGUCCCCAAAGUUGAGAACAACAACAUGGAAAAAGAGAGAGGGAAAACUGGGGUUGCAAAGCCAAAUGCUGAAGCACGUACUCAGCAUAAGAGAGGUGAAACUCCACCUCCUAUCCCUCCCAAAACUAAGGCGAGAGCCACGGUUAGGCCCACCUGUGUAAGCAGUCGACGUGCAAUCCUCGGCCCUGAAUCCCAGUCCAAUGCAAACCACCUGCCCCCAGCUGCAGGGAUGAACACCCAGGCCCCUCUUGGACCAGCAGAGGGCCAGGCAGACACACUGCGGCAGGUGCAAGAGUUGCUGGGAGGGCUCAUGUCGGGGGCUAAGUGUAAGCUGGAUCUGGCAAAGGCAAAAGAAAAACUUUUUGGCCCAAACGGCCCUCUGUACGACAUUGGGACUUUGCAGUCUCAGUUGCACAGCCUGGAAGGGGUGCUGGAGACCAGCCAGAACACCAUCAAGGUUUUACUGGAUGUCAUUCAGGAUCUGGAGAAGAAGGAGGCUGAGCGAGAUGGAAGACACUCGUAUCGAACCGGACAGGACAUUGAGAACUGUGGCACCUGCAGAGAUUGUGCCUGUAUCAUAUACAGUGUGGAGCAUGACUUCCGUCUUCAGGAGGGUCAGGUGACGCGGGUGUGGAAGGUUCCGGAGCAGCAGGAAUCAGAGCAGAGUUCUCCUCAGCUCGUAUUUCCUCCUCAGCGUCAACAGGACUCACCACAUGCCCUGCAGACGGUCAAGAAGAGCCGCAGGAAAUGCUUCUGGUUCCUCUGAACUCUCUGUUAGCAGGAUGUGACAUCAUUUGUCAACCAAUACCAAGUCUCUUCCCUUCAGGUCCUCCAAUUCUUCUCUUUUAGAGAUACGAUAUCCACUGUCCAUCUCUUGACUUGGAGCCUUUAUUUAUUAUUAUGUCAGCAUUAUGUCUUCUGUCAUUUUCACAGAAAGCUAAUUUUUUAAACCGAGAUUAAUGUUGUGGCUGUUCGCUUUGAUAUUCCAGAUUUAUAGACCAUGGCAAGAAUUAACUUCCCUUAAAGGAAUGAUUCACCCAAAAAUUAAAAAUCUGUUAUUAUUAGGGCUGUUGAACGCAUUUAAUAGUUUGAUAAUGCAAUUAAUCAUGUCCCCGUACCACAAUAAGAAAUAUUCCUACCAUCAGAGCAACUCAAGCUUGAAGUACCAUCUGUUUUCAGCAGGGGGCAGUAAGCUAAACUCCAGCUUUAUAGGCAAUGCACAGCUGAACAGAGAACAAACCACUCAGGCCUGCUUGACACUAGUGACAGCUUAAGAUGAGGACGCGUUCUAACGUUCAAACACAGCUGGACAGAGCGCAAUUCCGCAUACAGUGUCUUGAAACGUAUUUUCCUGAGUUUCAAACUAUAUUUAACUUGACACAGCAACCUGAAAACACUGUGUUUAUGACACGACUCAACCAAAGUGAGAGCUCCAAAAGCAUCCAGCUGAUGCAGGUGUACACUAACGUGUGCUAAGAAAAGCCCUAAUAAUAAAUCUGUUUCAGACAGACUGAUGUAUUCAAUGACCAAAUUGGAUUACUGUAGACUGUAGGCCAAUGCAAGGCUUAUGUUCAACAAUAUGUAAAUAAAUAAUAUAUUGACCUACAAAGUUCGACCUUGUGUUAUCAAUGCUUUACUCGUUUGCCAUAGUAAUGUAAUGCAUUUUAAUGAUAUAAAUUGUUAUAUUUAUAAUGUAUAUGAUAUUUAUAAUUAUUUAAAUAUAACUAUUUAGAAUUAUUUAAUCAUUAUAUAUUAAAUUAUUGUUAUUUGAGGGCCUUUCUCAGCAAAUAUUUAUAUAUGCGAUUAAUUGUGAUUAAUUUGAUUAAUUGAUAGGCAUCUCAUGGAAUUAAUUCAAUUAAAAAUGUAAUCGAUUGACAGCCCUAGUUAUUGUUUACCAAACCCAUAUGCUGUAGUUUUUCCAUGGAACACAAAAGGAGAAUUUUUUGAAGAAUCCUCAUGUAAAUGUAGUCCAUAUGACUUGUGUGCUACAUUUAAGGAUGCAAACGUUUUGGUAUGUAUACAUAGGAUGCUUGAGCAUUUUGAAUGCUUCAGCAUGGGACGGGGUUCCUCCUCAAGUGUUUUGCCAUUCGACUGGAGGAAGGGGGGUGCUAUGCUAUGGUUAACAAACAGUUGCUCAAUGGAUAAAGGAAACUGAUGAAUCCUGAAAAUGUUCCUCAAAAGCUCCACUCUUAACCAUGAUGGUAACCCACAAAACUACAAACAGAAAUUUUUCUAAAUUUCAAUAUAAAAAAAAACAUUAAACACUAAAAAGUCUCUCCCUUUAUAUUCAUCGUGCACAAAAACACAUAACACCUCAUUUUAACGUUUACUCUUCCUGUCGAGUCCCAUGCAUAGCAUGCUUGGAACUACAAAUCCCAUGUCCAGAUUCAGUUAACCAAGCAAAAAAUAUACAUUUUGUCCCAACACAAAUGUACGGAACGACUAAUUUCACUGACAUUUAAGAGUUGACUAGUCUAAAAAGGAACCAACCUUCAGAAAACAGUAAAAAAAAAAAAAGUGUUUAUGUGACCCAUUUAAAAUACUUAAUCUAUUCCAAAUCCGACACUAAAUUCCGCUGUAAAGGGGCAUUUAUCUGAGACGUGCUCGCCUUGCAUUAUGAUCAUUGUACUGUACAUUAAAUACAGAACAUGACAAGCAUUCACUGAAUCAACGUUUGCAAAUACAGGCAUAUUUAUUGAAAAAUUUGAUGAAUAGUGUAGGACCAGUAAAGCAACCCUAACAGCCUGUUCUAAAUGGAAUUUACCAAGUAAAAGUUACUUAACAUAUUAAAACAGUCAAGACAUUGCUGAAACAAGUUAACUCAAACCUACGAGAGUAAAGAAAUGCACUGAAAAGUUGGGCAUAUUUCACUACAUACAGUGUGCAUUAGCCAUUGAUCUGACAGCUAUUCUGUAAAGAACGUUAACCAAUAACAGUUGUAAAAUGAUGUAAAAAAAAGUAGCUCUAGGACAAAAAAAAUAGUCCUGUGAUGUAGCCUACAAUGAAACCAAAUGUAUUCUAAACAUGGUGUGCACACAGAAUAAAAGAUAGAUAGUUUAACCCGUUAAGCAGUCGGCACCUCGUUGAAAAUAGCCUUCUUAAUCAGCAGAUUAAAAAAAAUGGCAUUCCUUGCCUAAAACAGUCAUUUUCUAGGCUACUUACUCAAAAGCAUAAAUUUUUUUGAUGAGCAAACUUAACACGUCAACAUGGUCCGGCGAAAGACGGGACUUGACUCAACUGAGGCGACUAUCCUGCACUUGAAAAAUCUCCCUCGGCGGGAAAAUAAUUUACAAGCACGCACAGAUUUAAAGACUCAAACGUGAAAUCAUCCAUAGCGACAUGCAAGCCAACGUUUCGGAUAUCCGGUUCCCGCACCACCACCGAAGUGAUUUCUAUAGCUACUUUGCUGAGUUUGCUUGUCUAGCGAGAGGAUAUUUUUCUGCGCGUGCCCCGAGUGAGAGAGAGAAGAAGCACAUGCAGUAACUGCUCCAGAUAUCCUAUUUUUUAAAUAAUAUUUGUAAAAUCUGUAACAAUAAUAUGUCAGUAAUUUAAGAGCAGCCUUUGUAAAAAAUACAAAGCCAAAUGUAAAUGUUGAAAAGGUUAAUGGGGAAAAAUAUUCACCGACUAGUAAUUCCAGUGUCGACUAGCAGCAUCAGAACCAUUUAGUCGACUCGUAUCGCACAUCCCUAAUUGAGGAAAGCUGGCAAGACAGUUUUUAGUUGAAUCAACUCAGUUAAUUUAAGUUCCCUUGGUUAUGAAUUUUUUUGUAAUUUGAACAUUGUAGAAUUGAGUAAAACUGACAAAAGUAAAAGUUCAUUUUGGUGAAUGUUUUAUGGAAUAGAACUGCAUAAAGAUUCUUUAAAAUUUCAAAUUUUUGAAAUAAACAAACAUACAAAAAGCAAACGCUUAGGGGUUUGGAACAACAUGAGGGUGACUAAAUGAUAAUUUCAUUUUUGGGUGAACUAUCCCUUUAAGAGUUGAAACCAGAGUCUGAGAAGAGGCUUCCUGUUGGUUAUUGUGUCGCUUUUAAUCAAUUCUUACUACCUGAAGAGAGAUUAACUUCAGAGGAGGACAUUUAAAGAGAGAAAGAGAGACAAAGAAAAACAGAGGAAACAUGAAAAAAAAAAAAAAGGAGGUGAGAACGCUGAUUCAUCAUUUUUGGAGCAAUGAGGGUUAAACCACCAGCUUUUAUAUGAUGAAAUUGUUUCAAGAAAUCAAUAAUUCCACGUGCUUAACGCUUUUAUGUAGAUGAUCUAACAACUAUACACACUCAACGAUAUUUAAGAGCAGAGAUAAUGACGACAGAGUGAAUUUAAGUGUUCCGUUUCAUUCUUUGUGAAUGCCUAAUUUCAGAAUCCAUUAAAAAGCUCAAUAAAAUAUUUUACU